AAAAAGAGAACUCUGUCAUGCGAAGGUGAAAUAGCCAAGUAGCUUGAUAGCUUAAUUCUAUGUAAUUUCUCAUCACUUAUUGUCAACGUUUUGGUGCACUGUUGUCGGGCCUCCUAUUUACACAUUAUGAAGUAUUUUUCGUGAUAUCUGUUGCAUGUUAGCCUACAUCACUGAAUCAGCGAGCUGUUAAUGUUUGAAUAAGCUAUGGCUGGGCUCUCAAAUUAUGCUGUGCGCAUGGCGCGUCUCAGCGCGCGGAUAUUUGGGGACGUUGUGCGUCCCACUGAUUCCAAGUCCAUGAAGGUAGUACAGCUGUUCAAGGAACCACCUAUGGCCCAAAAAAAAGAGGUGUAUGACUGGUAUCCUCAGCACAAAAUCUACUAUGCCAUGACCCAGAAGCUGAGAUACAUGGGAUUGUUCAGAGAUGAACACGAGGACUUCAAAGAAGAGAUGCGGCGGCUCAGGAAGCUACGAGGAAAAGGGAAACCUAAAAAGGGAGAGGGAAAAAGAGCCACAAAGAAGAAAUAACACGCAUCUUCAUUACAUCUUGGACACUCUUCCUUGUGCAUAACUGAACAAUGGCUGAGAUUAUGCUCCAUGGAACGCAGAAGUAAUCCUCCCACAAACUACUAGGAUGGACCUUUUACUGAGGACAGGUGCAUUUUAUUCAUUGUGUCACAUCAAUCUUAAAUGUGAUACCUUAAUCCACAAGAGGAUUCUACCUAGUAGGAGUUUGUUAUUGGUUUUCAAAGUGUGGUAUUUCAUCUGACCACAGAGAUUGUGAUCUCUCACAAUACUAUACAUCUCCGCAGUAUCUUUCAAGUGUUGUAAAUGACUGGUGUUCAUAAAAGAACUAUGUAUA